AUGAUUAUUAACCCGUCCCCAUCUCCCAGUUACUCAAUUAGGAUGGAUAAGAAAUUAAUGAAGCGAGUUGCAGCAAAGACUAAUAAGAAGGUCGACCUGCUUUGGCAUCCUUUUUCAAUUCCUUUCAACGCUGACAAAAAUAACACCGACUUCAGUUCUAGCAACGGUAAUAAUAGCUCCACUAUCAGUAAUCAAUACCCUACUACUGCUGCUACAACUGGGUUCAGGAACCAAUUUACAGACAAUGCACGCCGGCUUCUUUUGGGCAUCAAGAUUAACACCAAUAACCAGAAUGACACGGAUGGCGAUGAUAAUGAUGAUGACAGUGACGAUGAUGAAGCGCGUGUGAUUCAGGCAAGACGUGAUGCAUUAGCUGCUCUCGAUCCAAAAAAUAAGAACGCAAAAACUGCAGAGUUCAAGUCCUUUAAGGUCAUGUCUUCCUCUUCAUAUAUUCAGAGCAACGCGUUGAGUUCUGCUGCGAUCAACAGGACAAAUACCUUGACCGCGAAACAGCAAGAGCAACAGCAGCGGCGCCAGCCGCUGAAGUCUGAAGAAAGCAUAGAGCAGUGUCAACCAUCUAUAAGCGAUAGUGAACAACCACCUUUGGCUUCGUUUUUGCCUCAUAGUAAUAUCAACUUUGAGCCAUAUUGUCCUUUGGCUAUUUCUCCCUCCUCGCCAUCAUCUGUCCGAUCCUCUUUCUCACAUCAAGCUCGAAGCAUUGCUUAUAAUAGUGAUGGCACACUGUCUACACCAAAUACCAGAGCCAGCCAGAACCCACGUGGAAGGGACCUCGUGCCAGAAAUUCCUAUCACAUUUGCAACGCCAUCACCUCAUUUAGCGAGCAGCCAUCAACAUACACCAUCCAAUGCAGCCCUCUGCAGCUCAAUCUCCCCAAGUUUUAUUGCGGUGUCGUCAUUAUUAAAUAGAACCACCACUGAAGAUGAUCAGGAUGUUGGUACGGAUGACUGUGGUCUAUCAUCAGCUGGUACAACGAAGGCUAGUGGCACCUGUCAAUCUACUCGAACCUACAGAGAUCAAUCUCAUCGGGUCGGGCCGCUAUUCAAUCAAAGCAAUGACCAACAAGGGAGAAGUGUCAACGAAAUAAAGCAGGGUGGAGAGCUUGAAGACUAUAUUAGCGCUCAAGUCCAGGAAAAAACGGGAAUAACAAACUCGAUUACCCCCGUCUGGCCUUUGAAUCGAAAUACUUUCGGUACUACUCAAAAACAGCAUGGCCAACGAGGCCAACGAGAUCAAAAUCAAGAAGCACAGACCUAUCAUAAAAGGGAUAUCAGCAUGAAUGGCUUGGAUCGGUGGGGUGCUGCUAGUGACAUACCAAUGCAUGACUCGCCCAUAUCUCUUCAAAACAAGCGCAACUCCUCUGGGCUAGGGGUACCUGAAAGUCAGCCAUUAAAGAGCGUGGUCAGUAGAAAGAAGCGCAGUAGAGAUGGAGCAAGCGAGAGUGUGGAUGCCGAAGACUGGACGGUACACUCACGCACGGUGGCUAUUCAUGACACGGUUGAAACUAUCCCAGUUUCGAGCAAGUCUUUGAAACUGAUUCCAUUGGAUGAAGAAUACGCUACUAUCUCAUUGACAUCUCCUCAAGUCCAGAAGUGCAAAUUUGCAGCCGAUUCGAGAGACAUUCGUCUCUCCCGUGGCAGACCAUUGGACGUAUCGCUCGGAAAGUUAAAAAAAGGCGUAUCAUCGAUUAUUUCUGGCAACAAUGCCCUUGAAUAUAACAGCAGUCAUUAUGCUACUGAAGAUGAGGACAUUCAGCAAACGGUUGAUGAUGGCUUAAUUAAAGAUCCUUUUAUUGAGUAUAGCGACCGUUCUAGCUCUGCAACAUUUGGGUGCCAUAAACCGCCAGCAUCGCUUCCCCCAGAUUUACAUGAAGCAGUCCUGCCUCCAUUCUCAUCAUUCCGAGAGCUCAUCUCGUCUACUACGAGCAUAUUUGUAGCGAGACUCAACCCGUUAUCAUCUUUGUCAAAAUACAACGGUGAUGUUUCUCCACCUAUGCUUUCACCUUUAGCACCUACAUUUCUCCGUCGAUCUCGCGCCAUCGUGUUCAGUGAACAUUUGGGGCUCCAAGGCAACAGCGAUUACGCUAGAGAUAGAUAUAUUGGUACAAGGCGCAAGAACACACCAGCCAUGUUUCCUACGAUUGUGAUUCCUCAGCAUACGCCGGCUGAAUUGAGUGCACUAUCCGCAACCACAGUACUUUGUACUCCAAGCUCUGAGUCGCCGUCCAUGACAAUGACCCAUGAUCAGUAUUUGUCCUAUAUUACGCCCUAUAGAGAAGAUUCACCAGCAAAUGACAAAGAGCUAUCAGUUUAUUGCCUUGGCUCAUCAGAGAAUCAUUAUAAUGGUUCAAAUGCAUCCCUACAACGAAUGUUUGUACAACAGCAGCAACAGCAACAAUGUCAUUUGGAAGGAUUGUUGAAUACCCCUCAAUCUACUUUUAUUAGGACCAGAAAUUGUCCCAGCCCGCUUGCACUUGCAGCCAUGUCUGCUGUAGAGCGUCCACUCAGUCGAUCAAGUAUAGGGAUGGCUUCAGGCUUCAACGCGGAUUAUCUGAUGAGGUCACCAUCCAACGAUGAGUGUAUUGGCCAGCUUAAGCGUAAACAGGAGCAAUCCUGCUAUGACAAUGCUUUUAUAGAUGCCAGGAACAAAAACUGGUGCGACAAGGAUUUGGGCCCGUCAUCAAAGUCAUUGUCUUCGCUCGCUACUAAAGUUGGGCAUCGAUCGGAAGAUUUAAUAAAAAAUCAAGAUGGAGGUGUCAGGGCAAUUGAUAUGGACAAAUUAGAAAGGGUACACCAUCAUAAUCAAGGAGGCUGGAAUGACUGUAGCUUUGGAUACGGACCUGGUUAUGCUCUUGAUUCGCUUAAUCAGGAAGAAAAGUUCAGAGUAAACUGUGAAGAAUCAAAGUUAGCGCCAGGGCAGCAGAAACAACGUAUCUCUGAUCCUAAUGACCUCUCGUCAUUCACACCUCGAAGAUUUCUCGGCUUUGGCUUCAUGAAAGGAGUCAAUAGAGGCGGCAAUGGUCGUAACAGCAAAGAAAAAGUUAAAAACAUUGGUGAAGAGGUGUCUCUGGACUAUGGUCAUUAUAGUUGUAGUGAUGAUGAUGGGAAUGGCGAUCGACAGCAUAGCAGACAACCAUCUGAGCACCUCGAGACUUGUGACAAAAUGAUACCUCUGCCCAAGUCAUCAAGGUUUAAUGGUAUUUGCUUAUGCCAUAAGUUUAUGAAUGUCACCAACAUGAUUUUCAUUUUAUCUGGAUUGGUUCUGUUAGUCUUGGGUUAUCCAAUCGCAACCAGCUUAAAGAAGGCAAAAUUGGUAGGAGAAGAAGCUGCUAAAACAACAACCUCGUCGGCGUCAUCCAUCAUAGCAGCAACAAUAACCCCUACUACGAGCACAACAAUACUGGUCAAGCUUCCAAUGGCAAAAAGUAUAGUACCAACCAUUCCAAUAUCCGGGCAUACAUUUCUAUCUUUGGGAAAGGAUAUACAAGGCGAUAUGAACUUGAGAGCGAUUGUGCCCAAGGGUAUAGUUAAAGUUGCACCCACGGCCAUGGCAGGACGGCACGUGAAGCCUUUCUGA